CAAUUUAAUUGCAGGAACUUGCCCUAUAUUCUUUAAAAUUACAAACUAUGCUCUAAAUUUUGACUAAAAAUUAGAUAUUGAUCAAAGAUGAUACGUCAACAUAUUGGCAAUAUGUCAGCGUGCAUUUUACGUUUUCUUCUUGCCUAUUUAAGGAAGAAUAGUCGUAAAAGUUUUCAGACUUUGAAGAGCAAUUCAUAAUUUUGCCAAACCUCCGGGGGGGUUGCGAUGAUUGGCUCCUUUUUUGUCUCUUUAUUUCUUUCCCAAUUUUUUUUUUUUAAAAAAAUGGUUAAGUAUAGAAGAAUAAAACAGCGACAAUACAGAUAAUUCUUAUCUGUCUUUCAAAGCCUCCCCUUAUAUAUACUAUAUAAUUCCAAAUUCUACACUAUAUAUAUUGGCCCAGAAGAAAAAAGCUUUUUUGCAAUAUAGAAUAAGACUGGCCGAAUAGUUGAUAGUAGACUGUAGUAGUUAAUAGUAUCACUUAUUAAGUCCCAAAAAGUUGGCUCCAAAAAGGAUGUCUUCUUUUGGGCGCUUUUCCAAUCUUCUUCUUGAUGUUGCACUUCUGAUUCUUGGCUUGUCGGCAUUGGGAUUGGCCACCGCCCAAAUCGACGGGAUCGGGGAUGUGUUGCGGCAGCAGGCGGCGGACCGGGUGGUUCUGGUUCCGGGACAACCGCCGGUGAAUUUCUCGCAGUAUGCCGGGUAUGUUACGGUUAAUGAAAGCCAUGGGAGAGCACUGUUUUAUUGGUUUUUUGAAGCCACCACAAAGCCUCUAAACAAACCUCUUCUGCUCUGGUUAAAUGGAGGCCCAGGUUGCUCAUCAAUUGGAUAUGGGGCAAUGGAGGAGUUAGGCCCAUUCUUGAGCAGGAAAGGCAAACCAGAGCUCCGGUUCAACAAACAGUCCUGGAAUCAUGCUGCAAACUUGCUUUUUUUGGAGUCCCCUGUUGGAGUAGGAUUCUCAUACACUAACACCAGCAAGGAUAUCAAGGAGCUUGGUGAUAAUAUUACUGCUCAAGAUUCCUACGUAUUUCUGGUGAAUUGGUUCAAAAGAUUCCCACAGUUCAAGUCCCAUGACUUUUACAUUGCUGGUGAAAGCUAUGCCGGGCACUAUGUACCCGGGUUAUCAGAGGUCAUAUUUGACAAUAACAAAAAGCUUCCCGAAAAUGAACGCAUAAACUUCAAAGGUUUCCUUAUAGGAAAUGCGUUAAUGGACGAUGAAACAGAUCAAAAAGGGAUGAUUGAUUAUGCAUAUGAUCAUGCCGUCAUCUCAGACCAUUUGUACGAAGAAAUUAAAAAGGAGUGCAAUUUCAGCCUUGAACAUCCUUCUAAAGCUUGCAAUGAUGCUUUGGAUAAAUAUUUUGAUGUCUAUAAAAUCAUAGACAUGUACAGCUUAUAUGCACCCACCUGUGUUGAUACCAACUCCACCAUCACAAGACAACUUCCUGCCAUCCAUGGCGCAUCUCCCAAGCUAUUUUCCAAGAUUGAGGGAUGGCACAGGAAACCAGCAGGGUAUGAUCCAUGUAUCUCAGAUUAUACAGAGGUAUAUUUCAACAGACCAGAUGUUCAAAAGGCACUCCAUGCUAAUGUUACCCGUAUCCCUUACCCAUGGACUCAUUGCAGUGAUAACAUAACAUUCUGGAAAGAUGCCCCUGCAUCAAUGCUCCCAAUCAUUCACAAACUUGUUAAAGGUGGUUUGCGAGUAUGGGUUUUCAGUGGAGAUACUGACGGUAGAAUCCCAGUAACAUCAACAAGGUAUACACUUAAAAAACUUGGUCUCAAAAUCAAGCAAGAUUGGACUCCUUGGUACACUUUCCACAAGCAGGUGGGAGGAUGGACAGUGGAGUAUGAUGGAUUGACAUUUGUAACAAUAAGAGGAGCUGGGCAUCAAGUUCCCACCUUCAAACCCAAACAAGCCCUUCAGUUAGUCAGGCAUUUCUUGGCCGAUACUAAAUUGCCAACUAAAUCAUUCUAACCAUCGAGUUUGUUUAGCCUUUUAUUAUGUAAUAAUUCUGUCCAAAUAUAGUCAGGGAAAAAAAGAAAGAAGGAAAAAAGAAUUUGUCUUGAUUUGAAACAACAUUAUAAUAAUCCCAGGAAAAUGAAGGUCGAUCACAAUUCAUAUUCAUAUGUACGCGCCUCCUUUGAUUUGAUGUUUAAUUAAUUAGUGAGUGCCCUAGCU